AACUGAAAGUGAAAACAUGAGCAGAAACAGAAACAGUAAACCUCAGCAACCAAACCAAACCAAAUAUUUUGUUAUGUUUUGAAUCAAUCAAUAGUAAUUUUGCAGUAGACGACAAGGUAGUGAAAGUGAAACCACAAAGUGGGUUCAUGGUAACUACGAUGCACCCAACUACAAAAGAUAUACCAACAAACAAUUAUAUAUAUAAAAAGUCCACCUUUUUUCUACUUCAUUUUCUCAUCAAUUUUCUUCCUUUUUGUUUUUCCACGAACCCCUUUAGCCUUUACCACUCAUGUCCAUCUUAUUUGCAAAGUAAGAGAAAUAGAAAGAGAGAGAGAGAGAGAGUUGAAGAAAGAAAUCGUUACCUGCAAAUGGGUCUCUGCUUGGGAAAGUCUGGUGGUGAUCCUUCUCCCAGUACUAACUUUGCAUCUACUAGUCCAGGGACAUCUAGUAAUUACAGUAAGAACAUUGUAUUAUCUGGAACAACCAACAGCAGCAGCGUGGGAAAGAGUCAAUUUUCUGAGGCUGCAAGUGGGAGUGUGGAUGAGUCUUUUCUAAAUGGCCAAUUUCUUGAGUCACCCAACUUGAGAGUGUUCAGUUUUGCAGAGUUGAAAGCUUGCACUAAGAAUUUCAAAGCUGACUCAGUGCUUGGGGAAGGAGGCUUUGGGAAAGUUUUCAAAGGUUGGGUUGAUGAGAAGACUUUGGCUCCUUCAAAAGUUGGUACUGGUAUGAUGGUUGCUAUCAAGAAAUUGAACUCUGAAAGCAUGCAAGGUUUUCAGGAAUGGCAGUCAGAAGUAAAUUUUCUGGGAAGGCUUUCUCAUCCCAACUUGGUCAAACUAUUAGGAUACUGUUGGGAGGACAAAGAGUUGCUUCUUGUCUAUGAGUUUAUGCAGAAAGGAAGCUUGGAGAACCAUCUUUUUAGAAGAAAUCCAUCUGUUGAACCGCUAUCUUGGGAAAGAAGACUUCAAAUAGCGAUUGGAGCAGCUCGGGGAUUGGCUUUCCUACAUGCUUCGGAUAAGAAAGUUAUAUACAGAGAUUUCAAGGCUUCAAAUAUACUGCUUGAUGGGAACUACAAUGCCAAAAUUGCUGAUUUUGGCUUAGCAAAGCUGGGGCCAUCUGGUGGCGACUCACAUGUAACGACUAGAAUUAUGGGCACCUACGGUUAUGCAGCUCCCGAAUACAUUGCUACAGGCCAUUUGUAUGUGAAGAGUGAUGUAUAUGGCUAUGGUGUAGUGCUGCUCGAAUUGCUGACAGGUUUACGAGCACUUGACUCAAGACGCCCCAGCGGGCAGCAUAACCUUGUGGACUGGUCUAAGCCAUGUCUGUCUUCAAAAAGAAAGUUGAAUACGAUUAUGGAUGUGCGGAUGGAGGGCCAGUACCUUCCCAAGGCAGCAUUUCAAGCAGCACAACUCACUUUAAAAUGUCUAGAACAAGAACCUAAACACCGCCCCUCGAUGAAAGAUGUUUUGGAGUCGUUGGAGAAGAUAGAAGCAAUGAAAGUUAAAGCAAAGCAAUCCAAAGGUAGCUCUAGACAUUCUUCUACUACUUCUACCGGUUCUGGUCGUCUCCCUGGUGCAAGCUAGACUCGAGCUAGUAGAGUUUCUGAGCUCGAAUACAUGAAAUGUAAUUGUUUGGGUAGAAAUUGUUUUAGAUUCAUUGAAAGUUUUGUUAAGAGGCAGGACAGGGAUCAUUGGUUCUGGUUCUGACUUGUGAAUUGGUUUGUAAAGACAAGUGAAUAUAUACAUUUAUUUAUUUUCUGA